AUGUUGGCACCCCUCAUGGACGGUAUGAUCACCCGCGAUAUCAAGGCGCGCUUCACGGCUGCAGAGGCUCUGGCAUUCCUUGAAAGUUUUCGAGUGAACCUGGAUCCGGAGGUACUUACCCGCCGGCCUACCGAGGCGUCUAAUACAUUGUGGAAUUGCUGGGAUCGAUGGGCUGGGCUUCCAAAGGAUUUCGUGGAUCAGUGGUCUGCAUACCGUGACCCACCCCCUACUUAUUCCUUUCGUCUUCUGCAGAAAAUCUGCGAAUACGACCUUGGAUGGCGGACUGUUACCAGGUUAAGGGAGGUGGCUAGAGAUGUAGGGGCAUUGCUUCGCCGAAUUCAGAACAUAUUUAAAAUCUGCCGUUGUUAUCUCAAGGUCUAA